UUUCCCAGGAGUGGUUCCAAGGGGGUCGCAGGCGCGCGGACUCGCUCCCCACCGGAGCGCCCCGGCCCGGCCCGGGAGCAGCCCCUGCUAGAGGUCCAAGGAGCCAGCCCUGCCGAGUGCCAUCCCGGCGCCUCGCCCGCCCACCGCCGGCGCGCUUGUUCCUGAUGCUGACUGCCGUCCACUAGAGCCUGGAUCGGACGGACCCUUAGAGCGGAAAUAAAAAAGAAGCAUAAUUCAGCCAUUUUUUGCAGCACACAGCUGCAGUUUAAUUAAAAACAACAACAGUGGACUUCUCAGUGGCUUCUGCAGUUUGUCUCAACCAGUCUCCAUCAGAUCAGUGAUUCAUGGCAGGGGACGUGGAAGGGUUCUGUUCCUCCAUCCAUGACACCAGUGUCUCUGCUGGGUUCAGAGCACUGUAUGAGGAGGGCUUGCUUCUUGAUGUCACGCUGGUCAUCGAAGAUCAUCAGUUCCAGGCCCAUAAAGCACUCCUGGCCACCCAGAGCGAUUACUUCAGGAUCAUGUUUACUGCCGAUAUGAGGGAACGAGAUCAGGACAAAAUUCACUUAAAAGGUCUAACAGCCACUGGUUUCAGCCACGUCCUGCAAUUUAUGUACUAUGGAACUAUAGAAUUGAGUAUGAAUACUGUUCAUGAGAUCCUCCAGGCUGCCAUGUAUGUGCAACUUAUAGAAGUGGUGAAGUUCUGCUGCUCUUUCUUACUAGCGAAAAUCUGCUUAGAAAAUUGUGCCGAAAUUAUGAGACUCUUAGAUGAUUUCGGUGUAAACAUCGAGGGAGUCAGGGAGAAGCUGGAUGCCUUCCUUCUAGACAACUUUGUGCCACUCAUGUCUAGGCCCGACUUCCUGUCUUACUUAAGCUUUGAGAAGCUCAUGGCAUACCUGGAUAAUGAUCACCUGAGCAGGUUCCCCGAGAUAGAGCUCUACGAGGCUGUGCAGUCUUGGCUGCGACAUGAUAGAAGACGCUGGAGACAUACCGAUACCAUCAUUCAGAACAUCAGGUUUUGUUUGAUGACCCCAUCCAGUGUUUUUGAGAAGGUUAAAACAUCAGAAUUUUAUAGAUACUCCCGACAGCUGCGGUAUGAAGUCGACCAAGCAUUGAAUUACUUUCAGAACGUUCACCAACAGCCUCUGAUCGAAACAAAAUCCAGUCGCAUACGUUCUGCCAAACCCCAAACUACAGUAUUCCGAGGAAUGAUUGGACACAGCAUGGUGAACAGCAAAAUACUACUCUUAAAGAAGCCAAGAGUCUGGUGGGAGCUGGAAGGCCCACAAGUACCCCUGCGACCGGACUGCCUUGCCAUUGUCAACAACUUUGUGUUCUUGCUAGGCGGGGAAGAGCUGGGGCCUGACGGCGAAUUCCACGCUUCUUCAAAAGUGUUCAGAUAUGACCCCAGGCAGAAUUGUUGGCUCCGCAUGGCAGACAUGUCUGUCCCACGUUCAGAAUUUGCAGUUGGCGUGAUUGGAAAAUUCAUCUACGCAGUAGCCGGAAGAACCAGGGAUGAAACCUUCUAUUCAACUGAGAGAUACGACAUCACCAAUGAUAAGUGGGAAUUUGUCGACCCGUAUCCAGUCAACAAGUACGGCCACGAAGGGACUGUGCUCAAUAACCAGCUGUUCAUCACCGGUGGGAUCACAUCAUCUUCCACCUCGAAACAAGUGUGCGUGUUUGACCCGAGCAAAGAAGGGACCAUCGAGCAACGCACCAGAAGAACUCAAGUGGUUACCAACUGCUGGGAGAACAAGAGCAAGAUGAAUUACGCGAGAUGCUUUCACAAGAUGAUCUCUUACAACGGCAAGCUUUAUGUCUUUGGUGGUGUAUGUGUGAUCUUGAGGGCCUCUUUUGAAUCUCAGGGAUGCCCUUCUACAGAAGUCUACAACCCAGAGACUGAUCAGUGGACCAUCUUAGCCUCCAUGCCGAUCGGGAGAAGUGGUCACGGUGUCACUGUGCUGGACAAACAAAUAAUGGUUCUUGGCGGCCUUUGCUAUAAUGGUCAUUACAGCGAUUCCAUUCUCACUUUCGAUCCCGACGAAAAUAAAUGGAAGGAAGAUGAGUACCCUCGAAUGCCCUGCAAGCUGGACGGUUUACAAGUGUGCAACCUGCAUUUCCCUGAAUACAUACUGGACGAGGUUAGACGUUGCAACUGAUGACAUCUGCGGCCUCCCCGAGAAGAUGACAAACAAAGCAUUUAUUUGUGAUACGUAACUACAACAACAACACAAACAUAAAAACCUCACCAGUUUUACUAUCGAAGCCAUUGGUCGAAUAUCGUAAGAAGUUUUUAUUUUGUGCUAGCAUCCUUUCUUUUUAGUGGCCUCAAAUUCAUGCAAUAAGUUACUUCUAAGCGCUAGCUCUUGAAACUACUUCUUGAAGCAGUUGAAUAGGUUGAUCCACUUACCGGGAAAGUUGAGCUGUAUGCUUUAAGAUUUCAGCGCAGGUAGGAUUCAUGAGUCUUCUGAGAGACAGAGCAAGAGGGACCUGAUAAGUGUCACUGGAUGUGAUUUCAGUUUCUAUCUGUCUGAAAUCUUUUUGAACAUCUACUUCAGUGUAUUUCAGUCUGUUAAACUUUUUUGUUUUGUUACCUAAAAGUUUAAAACUCGACCUUUUUGCAUGGCUUUUUUUGCUGAAAACGCAAAAUUAUAAAUUUUCUACGAAGUUAACUUUUUAUAAUCAAAACACUAUUUCUAAGCUGCCUUCUCUUAAUCAGCAUUGUGUUAGUGAACGCAUAUCCAUCCUUGCAUUCAUCCUAUAAAUAUAUAAGGCACAUCCCAUUUUAUGUAUGGUUAGGAUUCUAUAUUUUUAAGCUAGUGCAUUCGCGCACACAGUUCGCCAUACUUGUUGAAUUUUUGAUGUAACAUCUUUUCAUGUUUUAAUAUUUUUAGAAAGUUACAAUAACUGGAGUCCUCAUUUCGUAUCCAAGUAGCCUAUCUUCUUCAGUCCGUACUGACGCAGUCAUAUUUGAACCCUUUAUAUUCUGACACAUGUAUGGACUUAUGAAAACACUUUAUAUUUUAUUUUCACACAUAAGCAUUAGUGUUCUUUAUUGUGUAUUGUCUUUGCCUUUUAAAAAUGUUGUUCUUUGCAGAUUGUUUAAUGUUGCCCUAUUUUUAGAGAGAAUCGGAGUGGUAUGUAACAAGAGUUCUGACCCUGCAGUGUGCAAGCACUUUUAAAGAGAAUUUAGGUAUCUCAAAUGCCUAAAGGACCCCUAAAUGUAAGUGCAACUCCCAUUCUACAUGUUAAAUGAGGCUGCUGCAUCUGUUACUGACUGGAAGGUAGCAACCAUAAAAAUAUUUGCGCUCAGUUGUCACAUAGAAGGAAGUAAUAGAAUUAUAAUCUUACUGGGUAUAUUUACUUGCUUGUUUAAUACCAAACAGCAGCAGUGGAGAUGUGAGCGCUCAGCUUUUGUUUUUUUUAAUGAAAGCUACUAGCAAGGAUAGUAACCCCAAGUUGAGAAUGGAUCAAAAAGAAUGGUUGAAAAGCAGUUCGAGUGUUUUAGGAUUAGCUGCACCUUUCCACUCUUUAAAUGCAAAGGGGAAAAACUAUAUAUAUGGUUGAUUAAAUUAAGAAAGAAUACCCAGGGAGUGGAUCAUUCGAAUUGAUACCUUUUUCUUAAGAAUAGAGUCUAUCUGAUACAGACUAGACCUACACUGGCAACCCUUGCCAAACCUUUGGAUAUUGGUGCAAUAUUGUAAUGCCUUCUAUAUGGCUGUUGUAUAAAUCUUCUAAUCUUUUUUUCUUUGUUUGGUUUGGCUUGGUUUUGCUGCUGCCAUCACUGAACAUAAGAAAUGGAAAUGUGAAGACUUUUGAUUUUGAAUUCAGUUAAACACACUAGAAAACCAGAUUUCGAAACUCCAGAAUAGGAGGCGUUUGAGUUUAAGAAAUCAGGUACACACGUUUAUUUUGAGGAGAGAUUAAAAAAAAAAUAGCAAAAAAAACAGGAAAAAAAGCAUUUUUUUUUUUUAGAAAUCAAGUUGCUGUUCUUUUGUAUAAGCAACUUAAAGCGUUGUUUAAUGGUUCUCUUAAUUUCUAAAGACAAAAUGUGUUAGGUUUGCUGUGGUUCAUACAAGUUUGAAAACUAGGAAUUAGGUUAAGAGUUUUGUUUCUCCUAGUUGGUUUGGGUUCUUGUAUGUAUGCCAUCUUACUUUCAGGAAAAGAACAUCUUCAUGAUUUUCCUUUUAGUAGAUGUCUUUUGCCCGAAAAGAGGGGAAAGAGCUGUCAGGCAGGGUACGCAUAUCCGAGGCUUGGCCGUUUGGGUGGGGGUUCUCUUUACUGCUUAACUCUGGCUUCAUAGCCCUCAUUAGGCAGAUCUGGGCAAAGAGUUGGAUAUGCUUGGAGUUCCAUUUUAAAGACCCAAGAACAAGGUCAAUAUUUUUGGUAAAUGUUUGUGAAAUCUUAACUUGAACUAACUUCUGGGUUCAGCUUCACGUACAGUCUUGUCUGACCUGAUGUUAGCUGUAAUCAGUUUUUGAGCUUUAAGCAUAGUUGCUCUUUGCUUGGGUCCCGAAUGUAUGAGUAAAUGCUUCUUGUUUAUACGUAGCUCUAAUCUAGGUUAUUUGAAAUCCACGAGUAACUUACAUUCCCCUUUACAAAUAUGGUUUAACUGUUGAAAGAGAUUUAUUUUUGUUAUACUAAACUAUGGGAAAAAUUUUUUUUCAUAGCUUUUUUUUCCAAGUGGAUUUGUGUGUGUAUGUGUGUAUGUGCGCGCUUUAUUGGGAACCAUUUAUUGUUUAUAUACUUUGUGCUCAAAGUAGUUGUUUUUAUGCAAUUUUGGUAGGAGAUUUGAAACUAUACAGUGUAACUGUUGUGAUCUUUGUAUCUGCUCAUUUUCACUUUACGUGUUAAAUGUCAGGCUUUACAAAAAAAAAAAAGAGCUGAUUGCCAUAAUUACAUCUAAAUUGGAAACGUUUAUUCUCUUUCCUUCCACCUCUUUAAUCUUUCAAGUUUUCCGUGCACUACAUACAACCUUUUCACAAAAUGCAAGAUUCUCACAUGGUAGGUUUUGUAUUGGGAGAAAUACUACCGGUUUUAUAAAAAAAGGAAAGCUUAAUUUGUAGAAGUAUCCGCUUUUCUUGAGACAGCAGCUCUCUGUGUUCCCGUCCCUCGGCUUUCUGCGGGCGUCGUAGUAAUAAUUCGUGAAAUGUUGACUGAGCCCUCCACUCACCCUGUCGGGAGCAGCACUUCUGGACACCUCAUCCCAGGAGGCCUGGGUGAGUCACCCGCCGAGGACAUGCGUGUGAGGAGAAGUCGCCCAAAUGGAGUCACCCGCCGAGGACAUGCGUGUGAGGAGAAGUCGCCCAAAUGGAGAAACCUGUCUGUAAAUUACAACAAAAGGAAGCUUUAAAAUUUCUGACAACAAAUGAUUUGAACUGUAUAAUUGGAACCUGUUAAACAUUCGGUGGGUUAAUUUUGUAUAUUGUAUGUGUGGUGGUAGGUCAUAACAUUUCAGUUGGUUAAUAGAAAUUGUUAUUUCAGUUAAUAAGCUAUCACUCAGAAAAGACCAGCUCUUUUGAGAAUACAUAAUUUAAAGUUUUAGCCUGAAGUAAAACACAACAUAGCUAAUAGUGUAAAUUAGACAUAACUGAGGGCUAUAUGGCAGUAAAACUGCUCUCGUGCCAGUUUUCUUGUUUGCCUAUUACAUGGUUUUUUUGUUUUUUGUUUGUUUUUUGGUACUCAACAUUUUUAGGGAUCAUCUGUUUGUUCGAUUUGGAUUAGAGUUGGUUUGGGAAUAAAUUUAUCUUUUCAAAAAGUAGUUACCUUAGAAACAAAAGCCCUGAAAAAUUAGUUUAUCAAGAGUAUAUGAAGCCCGAUAUUCCAUAGGCAUAGACUGGAAUAGACCAACUCAAGGAAGUCAUAUCCUUUCAGUAUACCAUGUAACAUCAUCCCAGUAACAGGGAGAGAAUGCCAUCAGCUUUGUUCCCCCUUAAGAGUCUUGGGUUUUCCUUUUACAUUUUUGGGAACAAUUAUGUUAAAUACUUUUAUUAAUCAGUAUACCAGUUAGGUAUUUGCUUUUUGAAGGAAUGUCCCAGUGAGGUUAUGGGAAAGGUUAUUUUCUACCUAACUUGUAUAUGCCCAGGUGGGCAUACUUUGUCUAUAGAAAAAUAUUUUGACCUUUUAGGUACAUUUGGGGCCAGUAGUCAAUCCUAGGGCCGAUAUAAAAAAAUCUUAGAAAUAAUUUAAGGUUUGCCUUUUAUACCUGUUUUUCAAAGCCUUUACAUUUUUGUCAGGUAAUUUUUCCCAAGCCGUGGAUAUUAUCUAUUCAAACAUGUUUAUGCUAUCCAUUCUGUUUUUAAAAUGAAAAAAAAAAUGUUAAAAGUGUUUAUGAA